CUGGAAUCCUGGUCUCGUAAGUAUUGUUGCGAGUUGGGAAGUACUUCGAAAUGUUGUCAUCGGGCAGUCGUCUAGACUACAACACACAACACCAUAUUCAUUCUGUAGACGGACCCUGGCCUUGCAGUCAUCAUUGAAACACAAAGGUGGUUUGGAAGAUACCGAUGAUUAA